CGGAGGAGGGGAAAGCUCUGUGUUUGAAAACGAAUGUGCUACAUGCACAUUUGUAGGGUGUGAGGAAGCGGCCAUCAUUUUGGAGUCAGACGUAAAGGAAACCAAAAGAAACAGGCAUUUCAGCUUCUGAUACGGAAAAGCCAAAGACAGAGCACGUUUUCUAGCCUGUAACGAUGCAUUUGACCGCUUGUGAACCUACGGCCAUGUCCACAGCUGUAGUGAUGGACCAUCCAGGGGACGCGAGCCUCCUCCAGUCCUGUGGAACAGCAGACAGUCUCGCCUCCCUGGAAGAUGUCGCCGCUGAGUCUACAGCAAAUGACUCAUCGGAGGAGGAAUCAGCAUGUGCCAGGGAAGUGCAAUCAAAAACCAAAGCCGAACAGAGCAUGCACACAGAAUCAGGUGCCACCCCUCGUCCCAACUCCCUCUCCCUGCCGACUAAAGGCUCAGAGCUCUGGACUACACACAGGGAUGGAGAGGUGAAGCUCAGAAUGGGUGAGUCCGGACCUGAGGCUGAACCUCCUUUGACUGUGAACCAGUUGUUCACUAAUACAGUCCAACGCUUCGGCAACUACAACGCGCUGGGCUGGAAAGAGGGAGAACGGUGGAACACCAUGACCUACAACGAGUACUACAAGUCUUGCCGCAUUGCUGCCAAGAGCUUCCUUAAGCUUGGUCUGGAGCGGUACCAUGGCGUCGGUAUUCUCGGGUUCAACUCUGUCGAGUGGUUUAUUGCUGACAUCGGGGCUAUUUUAGCUGGGGGUUUUGCUGUGGGCAUCUACACCACCAACUCGCCUGAGGCAUGCCAGUAUGUGGCAGAGAACUGCCAGGCCAACAUCCUUGUGGUGGAAAACCACAAACAGCUGCAGAAGAUCUUGCAGAUCCAGGACAAGUUACCACACCUAAAAGCCAUUAUCCAGUACAAAGAUGAGCUGAAAGAGAAAAAGCCCAAUCUCUACACGUGGGCAGAGUUUAUGGAGCUGGGCCGCGACGAGCCUGAUGCUCAGCUGGAUGAUAUCAUCAGCUCCCAGAAACCUAAUCAGUGCUGCACACUGAUCUACACAUCCGGAACCACGGGCCAGCCAAAGGGAGUCAUGCUUAGUCACGACAACCUCACAUGGACAGCAUUUGCAACUGGCCGAGAUGUGAGCCUCACAGAUGCAGAUAAGCAACAGGAAGUGGUCGUGAGCUACCUACCACUUAGCCAUAUUGCUGCACAGAUGAUUGACAUCUGGCUUCCCAUGAAAGCAGGAGGAGUCACGUACUUUGCACAGCCUGAUGCACUGAAGGGUUCUUUGGCUAACACUCUACGUGAGAUACGCCCUACCGCGUUCUUGGGUGUCCCACGGGUGUGGGAGAAGAUGCAGGAAAAGAUGAAGUCGAUCGGAGCCAAAUCGUCCACCGUGCGUCGGAAAGUGGCAUCCUGGGCCAAAGACGUGGGCCUGCAGACCAACCUCAACAAAAUGGAGCUUAAUGGCAACCUAUCCAGAAAGCCAUUUAACUACCGACUGGCGAAGCGUCUGGUGUUCCGGAAGGUUCGUAAAGCGCUGGGACUGGAUCGCUGUACGAGGUGCUACACCGGAGCAGCUCCCAUAACCAAAGACACACUAGAGUUUUUCCUCAGUCUGGACAUUCCUCUGUUUGAGCUCUACGGCAUGAGCGAGAGCUCUGGACCGCACACCAUCACAGUGUCCGAUGCCUUCAGACUCACCAGCUGUGGAAAGGUACUUCCAGGCUGUAAGACGAAGAUCUUCAACCCUGACCCUGAUGGCAAUGGAGAGAUUUGUUUCUGGGGUCGUCAUGUGUUCAUGGGCUAUUUGAACAUGCCCGAUAAAACCGAAGAGGCUCUGGACGCAGAUGGCUGGCUGCACUCGGGUGACCUCGGCAAACACGACCAGGACGACUUCCUGUUCAUCACCGGACGCAUUAAAGAGCUCCUCAUCACAGCCGGAGGUGAAAAUAUUCCCCCAGUGCCAAUUGAGGAUGCAGUUAAAGAGGCCGUUCCGCUCAUCAGCAAUGCGAUGCUUAUCGGAGACAAGAGAAAGUUCCUCUCAAUGCUGCUCACCAUUAAGUGUCAGGUUAACAAUGAAACGGGUGCUCCCGAAGACGAACUGACUCCUGAGGUGGUGGAAUUGUGUCAAAAACUCGGCAGCACAUCCACACGAGUCAGCGAGAUCGCCAGUGGCCGUGACCGACUCGUAUACAAGACUAUUCAAGAAGGCAUCAACCGCGUCAAUGAGAAAGCCACCUCUAACGCCCAGCGCAUCCAGAAAUGGACCGUCUUGGAGAAGGAUUUCUCCAUCUUUGGCGGAGAGCUGGGGCCCACAAUGAAGCUCAAGAGGCCAGUGGUCAUGAAGAUGUACAAAGACCAAAUUGAGAACUUUUACAAAGAAGUCUUGACCCCAACCACCCCAGACAACCCUCUGCCUUCUAAAUAGGUGUCCAACAAAAGGCCUUGUCACCCACUUCAGUUAUCGGAGACAAAGAGACUGACACGGUCUAAAAACACACACACACUUAACAUAGGAACACCACUCAGACCUUGUGUUUUGCUUGGUUUUGCGUUAAUAUUUGUUCAGGGUUUUGUACUUGUUGUUUAUUUCAUACUGUUUACAUUUUUCUGUGUUAUAGCAAGAAGGAAAACUCGUUUAUGAAACAAAAAGCCAUUUUUUUUUAUUUUAUUUUUGUGGUGAUUUACUAUUUAUUUUCUUGCCUAAUUAUAAUGAAGUGUCUUUUGAGCCAUGUUCUCGAUUUAUAUGUAAGUGCAGGUGAUUUGAAUGUCUGUGUUUAAAGAUACCAAUUAAUUUAUGGUUAAAUUUAUCAACAAAGUUUGAGAAACCUUAAUAUCUAACAAGCAAAUGUAUGCAUUAGGCAUGACUGAAUUCUUCAAAAACAGCAUUUGGCAGUUGUGCUUGUUUGUCAACAGCACUGUAAACUACUGCCACCAAAAAUACUGAUUGUUUAAAGAAAACUUGAUGUUUGCAGAGUAACAUCCUCAAGACCUCAUUCUGUGAAGAUCAUUUAGCAAGAAUCCCGUUCCAUACAAGCCAUAAAUGUUUCUGUUUGCUUGUUUUUGUAACCAAAUGCAUCAUAUUUGUUUGAAUGUUUGUUUCGCUUAUGCAGUUGAUUUGAAUUCUUUGUAAAAUGAACUUGUUAUAUAAUGUAAAUACGUAUUGCAUACAUUUGCUCUUCUUCUGUGGUCUUAUUUGAUGCUUUGCUGCGUCACUUGACAAUCCUCAAAGUAGCAAGAGGUUGGAUGUUGUGCGGUCUAGUGUCAGCAUGAGCUUUAUGAAAAAACAUCUAAUCUGGACUGAGUGAAGCGGUUAAUAUUUAUCUUAUUAAUGAAAAAAGGGAUAUGAAGGAGUCAGAAUUUGAUUCGCCAAGCUAUGCUGCAUUAUUUUUUUGCUUUGCAUGUGCAAUAAGGACAUUUCGACCAAAAAGUUAACAGAUUUUAUUUAUACUGUAUGCUGCAUAGUAAAAAGAUUACAAUGCAAUUUAGAAAAAGCAUAUGGGUUGAUCAAAGAGGUUGAAAGAUCAAACUUUGGAAGGUUUGUGAAGUAGGAAGUGCUAUUUAAUCAGUCAAGUGCUUGAACAUACAAACAAACUUAACUGCAAAUCACUCAAUGCAAAUCCAAAGAUUUGAUUUUGCCUCUGUAAAUAGAUAAAUACAGCUUUCCUCAAAUACUGGACCUGAUACUCCAAAGUGUGUAUACUCUUUGACUGCAUAGCAUGACCACAGCGAGGCCUUUUUGUACAUAGGAAGACUUUUAGUAAUCUGUGCAUGAGACAAGUUGUUUGCUCAAUCAGAACUGGUGAGAAUGAAGGUAGAGCUAGUAUGUGAUUUCCUUUCUUCUAUCUGGGAUUUCUAUUAUGGUUUCAACUAAAUUACUCUUUGGGGUUUUUUUCAAAAUUCACUUGCAUUUUGUUUCCUUUUAGACAAAAAUACUGUGACGGUUUAAUGUAAAUCUGACCUAGAUCAUGACAAACAUGAAGGAUAGUCCAUUUGGAAAUGUGCAAACAUGAACAUGAUGUGAAGUCUCAGACUGUGAAAGAUUUGCCUGGUUUUACCUGACUCUGAACACUCCUGGAAAGGGUGACAAUUUGUUGUGCAUAGUGUGACGUUAAGGGUUUUUGAACCGUGCAUGUCAUUGCUGAAACUGGAUUACUGAACAUAGUUGAUUUUGGGAGAGUAGAACUCCAGGUUUCUACUUGUAUGUAUGUGUGAAUUAUCCCUUUACUGGACAAUAAAUGUGAUAUAACCAUAA